AACUGAACGAACAGGGGUUUCAUUUCUUACUUGAAGAAAGAGGAGUUAGAGAAAUCGCCGAUCAUCUCCGUUGCUGCUGAUCGUGAAUCAAUCGCCGGAGAUCUGAAUUUUCAAGGCCGGAGACCGUAGAGAGUCAACAUUCCAGGUUCUACUCACAGAGCUUAGGGAAAUGGGGGAAAUGGAGUACGAAGUGAACGAAGCAGAAAUUGUGCUGCCUUCUCACCUCAGCUUCAAGAAGAUUCAGAUGAGUGAGAAGUAUCCGAAAGGUCAAGCGAGGAACAGACACUGGAAAAAUCUCAAGCAGAUCAUCAGAGAUGAUAGUGUCCGAAAUCAGCAUCCCGAUGAACCUAAUUAUGUGAAUAUAGCGACACCACCAUCUAUGCACCCGGCCAAGAGAAUCUGUGAUAUCACUGGUUACGAGGCUCCUUAUUAUGAUCCGAGAACAAACCUUAGAUAUGCGAACACAGAGGUGUUCAAGCAGAUAAGAUCGCUUCCUAAUGAGUAUGUUCAGCGUUAUCUAGCUCUCAGAAACGCUGCAGUGGUUCUCAAGUAAACCUUUUCUAACCGAGCUUUAUGAACUAUGCUUACGAUGAAAAUGAUCUUUUAUGAUUAUGGUAAAUCAUCUUUUAGAAACAUUAAUGCCAAUAUUGAAGGAAGCUAUGUGUUUUAUUGAAAACAAAUUAAUUUUACAUUUAAGUAUCA